GAUAUUAUAACUUAUGGAUGGCAUCCGCUAAAAUAUUUCCAGAAAACAUUCAAAACAUAAAUUAAAUAAUAAUUUAUAAUGGAAUGUCGGAAAAACGUUUCACAUUAAAAGUGAUGUGAAAGUGAAAAAAUAAACGAACUAAAAAAAAAACACAAAAUGCCAAAAUCAACACGGUCGACAACAACAAAAAACGUGCCCACAGCCGUAAAAAAAUCCUCAAAGCAGGCUGAAAUAAACAAAUAAAAUAUUCAUUUUCAAAACAAACAAAAGUCAUAAAAUUCAAAAGAAGAGAGACAUAGAGAAAACCAAAAAACAAAUUGAAUAUUUUUCAACAAAUAUUACGAAAGAUAAAUUUGCAUUCAAAUAAAAAAAAAUCAACGGCCAGCAGAGCAAAAGAUGCAAUUGCCUCUUAACAUCGUGAGAGUGAUAUUCAAUUGAGAACGCAGAAAUAAAAACAAAAACAAUUGUUAAAUAAAUAUAUAUUCUAUGAAUUGCCUGCAGCGAAAAUAAAAAUUUGCAAUUGUUUUCAAAUAAUAAAUCCACGUUCAAAAUGCCGCAUUUAGCAGAACUUUUAAAACUAUCAUCCAACCAAACAUUUUGUUUACCAGCACUUAGUCGUACAUAACAACGUCUGUGAGAAGCUCUGCCUGGACCCACAGACAAUCAGCUAACGCGUGACACCCACCAACUGUAACGUGAAAACUUUUCCCUAUUUGUGUGUAUUGUUGUGGCCACGGCGUGUGUGUUCACGCUUUUUGAAAACACACGCACACACACCCAUACCUCAGAGAAGGACGAAAGGACGUUCGUUUGUAGUUAAAGUUAAACAAAAUAAAAACACCGAAAUCACUUUUACCGGCUCAAAAUGAAUGCAGCACAAAGUGGUGGGCAUGCCGGAGGCGGUGGCAUGGGUAAAAAAGGAUCUCAAAUGGAGGAAUUGGUGGCCAUAUCACCGGAAAGGCGUAAUUGGCGUGGCAUAUUUAUAGCUUUGCUAGUCAUAGCAGCUGUCUUUAGUUUAAUUAUAUUUUCAAUAUUUUUACUAUCACCAGAGGAUGAAGCUUUACGCUUACGUGGCGUCAGAUUAACAUUAAGUGAUAUUUUAAGUAAACGCUUACAAUGGAAACCAUUUAAUGGUACAUGGCAUAGUGACAAUGAAUUAGUUUUUCGAGAUCCCACUGGCGGUCUGUCUAUAUUAAACUUAGAGAACUAUACAACACGUGUUUUAAUGACCAACUCAUCAUUUAGGCAAUUGAAUGCUGAAUCAUUUUUAGUAGCACCAGAUCUGAAAUACGUUCUGCUGCAAUCCGAUAGCAGUGCGGAGGGAUCAAGACACAAUGUCUACGAAGUGCAAACAGCCAACGUUUUCCCCUUGGGACCAACUGAAAAUAUUGCCGAAGCUCCACGUCUGCAGUAUGUUUUAUGGGCACCCUAUAAUGCUUUAACUCCCAACAAUAAUGGCAAUGGAGUUGAUAGCGGCAGCAGCAACAAUACACCAUCCUCUGUCAUACCAACGGCUAGUGCAGCGGCUGCAACACCAACAACUUCUCCAACACCUACAAGUAGUAUUCUCCUCAGUAGUUUAGCCAAUGGUGCCGUAAAUAUGGCAGCAAAUUUAGUUAAACCACCACCACCUAUACAGUUGCAACAACAACAACAGCAGCAGCAACAGCAACAAAAUCCCCAACAAUUAUUACAAAAUAAUCGAGCUCUGGCCCAAAAUCAGGCCAUAGCAUUUGUUCACGAGAAUGACAUCUACUAUAAGCCCAAGGUGCAGGGCGAACUGGUGUGUCGAAUAACAAAGACAGGCCAGCCAGGUGUAAUAUACAAUGGCAUACCUGAUUGGACGUAUGAGAAUGUGCCCGAAUUGGACAGUCGCGGCAGCAGCAUGGCCUUCUCUCCGGAUGCUCUGUACUUGGCAUUUCUGACAUUUAAUGACAGUGAAGUUAGUGAGUACAAAUACACUUGGAUGGGCGAUGAUCUUAAAUAUCCAGCUGUGCUGACACAACGCUAUCCCAAAGCCGGUUCUAUCAAUCCCAAUAUUACUGUCAAUGUCGUCAAUCUUUCCGUCCUUAAGUAUAUUUUUCCCACACAAAUCAAACUCCCAGCUGAACUGAACAAUGGCAGCUAUAUAGGCGGUCUCACCUGGGCUACACCCAUCGAUCUUUCGGUCAUAGUUACAAAUCGUGGCCAGACAAAGGCCACCACGGUCAUAUGUCGGGCACCAGAGUUUCAUUGCAACAUCGCCCACACUGAGGUGACGGUCAACGAUGGCUGGGUGCUGCCCAACGAAAAACCGAUUUUCUCCAAGAAACACAAUAGUCUUCUCAAGAAUCUGAACAGCAAUCAAACGCUGGGCAACGAAAACUUCCAGAACAUAACGAAUGGCCAAACAACCUAUGAGAUAACCAAUGGUGGUUAUUUGCUGAAACGUCUUCCGGUGCGCGAUGGUGAACAUGGUCACUUCCGGCAUGUUGUGUUCACCUCAUCGCUGGACAGACGUGCCGUACCCCUAACCAUGGGCCGUUUCGAGGUGACCGAACUUGUCGGUUGGGAUGAGGACAACGAAAUCGUCUACUUUAUGGCUGCUCCUGAGAAGCGUCCCGGCGAGAGGCACCUCUACAAGAUCAGCCUUAAGUUGAAUGUAACGAAAACCAAUCGCACCUACAUUACCUCAUCGCAACCCACAUGUCUCACAUGUGACAACACUCCCUCGACGUUUAGGCUGCGAAAUGGACGAGCCGCAAUGGAGCCCGAAGAUGUGGAUGAAGAUGAGAGAGAUUUAGUCUAUGUUAUACCCAAGAAUUGUCUCUACAACAAGGUGUAUUUCAGCAAAGAUUUCUCGUAUUAUGUCCAGGAAUGUCUGGGACCAGAAUCGCCCAGUGUUUAUCUCGUUGAGACACAAACGAAUUUAAAGACCAUGGUCUUGAAUGCCGGUGAUAGUUUAAGAAAUCGUCUGAUGCAGUAUGCAUUGCCACAGAUACGCACAUUCAAUGUGGAAAUACGUCAUGGUUUCCAUGCCCAGGUGAAGCUCUUUUUACCGCCUGGCAUGAAGGAGGAUGAGGAGGUGGCCUUUCCAUUGAUAUUGCAAAUCGAUGCUUCACCUGGCUCCCAGCUGGUUAGUGAACGUUUCCAGGUCACAUGGAACUGGUAUUUGAGCAGUCAACGUUCCUUUUUGGUGGCCCAGAUUGAUGGUCGCGGCAGUGGCUAUCAAGGUGAACUUUUGCGCACGCAAGUGCAUGGCAAACUGGGUACAGUGGAGAUAGAGGAUCAAUUGGCAGUCCUAACAUACUUGCGUGAUAAUUUGAAAUUCAUUGAUCCGUCACGUAUCUGUGCUUAUGGCUGGGGCUAUGGUGGCUAUGCCACUGCAAUGACUCUCAUCGAUGAUUCCCAGCAAGUGUUGCAGUGUGGUGUGGCCGUGAAUCCUAUCUCAUCAUUUGCCUAUCACUAUUCAUUCUUUACGGAACGUUAUAUACCCUUGAAGGGUGACUAUUUACGUGCUCUGCAAGAGGCUGAUUUAACAAUGAAAGCUGGCAACAUAAAGGGCAGAAAUCUCAUGUUAAUACAUGGCACAGCGGAUACCUUAGUGCAUCAGGACCAUACGCUAAUGCUGGUUAAAGCUUUAGUGGAUCAAGAAGUGAAAUUUAGACAUCAGGUCUACCCUGAUGAGGAUCAUUUAAUGUUGAAAUCUAUAUCUCAUGUCUACCAAACCAUGGAAUGGUAUUUUGAAGAGUGUUUCGGUCCCAAUGAGGAUGGUGAAUGGGAUCCAACCGGACUGUUUGUGUUCAAACAAUAAUUGUUAAUGUUAGAAACCAUUUAAAUUUUUUUUUGUAACAAUUACAAUUUUAGUAACUAAUUAGAAAAUUUUAAUUGAUUUUUAUAUUAAAAAGGCAAAAGUAAGAAAAAAAUUAACUAAAACUAUAUAACAUAACAUAAAUAACAAGAAAAAAGUGAGACGAUAAACUACAUGUUAACAAAGAAAGUGCGCAAAAAUAUUCGGCGGUGCCUAAUUGAAAAAGCGAAAAAAAAAAUUAAUUUCAAUAGCCUUCCUAAUUUUUGUGGCAGAUUUCUCAUGUCCCCUGGAAAAUAUAUCAGCCUAAAUAACACUUUUCUGAGGGGGUUUUAUUUUUUUAGUGGGCACCUCCGCGUAUCCUACACAACGGCAGCAAAAGCGAAAAACAAAAUAUAACCACAUAAAUGAACAAAAGAAGCAAACGUGAUGAAUUCAUUAUUUUUUAUUGUAUGACUGAGUAAAUUUAAAACAAAAUCACACACGCAGAGACACAUGAUAUAUUAAUUAUAA